AAACAAGAUGGUAUCAUGGAAGUAUCGGGCAGAAAAGUAACUGGGAACAUCUCAAAGUACUUUUUUCUGGGAUCUGAGGAAGAUAUACCACUGUUCUGCGAGCCAUGUGACAGGGACGGACCCAGAGUACCUGCUCAUGGCUUCUGCAAAAACUGUGCAGAGUAUCUUUGCGAGUCGUGUUACAAAAUCCAUCGGAAACCAACCCCAUGCAAAAAGCAUAUCCUUCUAGAUAAAACCCAAAUGCUUCAAAUACCUUGCAGAAAAAUUGUUCCACUGGAGAAUUCACUGAAACCAAGAACCCUUGGUCAAAAUGUGCUACCUGUGCCAAAUGACUUGACCGAACCAUGUCAACUGCACCCAGGAAAAUUUAUUGAUUACUACUGUUGCGAUCACAAAAUCCUCGGCUGCAGUCCUUGCAUCACGAUAAAUCACAGAAACUGUAACGUAAACUAUAUUCCCGAGGUUUCGAAAAAUUAUUACUCCAAUCCUGAAUAUCUUCAUCUUAUGCAAUCCUUGACUGCUUUAAAAGACAGCUGUAAGAAAAUAACUGAUCAUGCUAACACCCACAAAGUAAGGAUUCAGAAAAACCAAGAAUCUAUUCAGAAGGGAGUUAAAAAAUUCCGACAGGAAAUCAACGUAAUGCUAGACAGAUGGGAAGCUGAUACCAAUCAACAAUCUUACAGCUUGUUUGCAGACGAGAAUGCCAGAACAGAUUCUUUAGUCAGUGCUUCUAACAAACUGAUGACAGACAUUGACAAGUUGCAAGAAAAGUUUAAAACACUGGAGAAAGAAAAGAAGAACAAUGCAUUACACGUUCAAGUAAAAACAAAAGGACGACUGGUCAAACAGUACACAGCAAUUGUUAACCAAAUGCAAGAAAAAACAGCUGAGAAUCACUACACCUUUGAACCCAGUCUGGCCAUUCAGAAGAUGCUCAAACUGGUGACAAACUUUGGAAAGAUAAAUAUUCAAACUAGCAAGGGAUGUCAGCUUCAAAGCCCAAUGCAUAAAGAGUAUCUCAAAAAGCUGCACAACAGAUUGUUCAGAAACAAACGAAAAGGGCUUCAACCAAUUGAAGAAGAAAUCAUUGAAGAAAAUGCAGUUCAUGAAGAAAUCAAAGUUGAAGAUACAGAACUUUAUGCAGAAGAUGAUAAUUCCAAGAAUGUUCCAGAAUCAAAAAGUAUUGAAGGUAAUUCAGAAAUUAUAGACAAAGGUGAAGGUCAGGAAGAACAACAUCAUGAAAGACUUCUGGCAAUGCCGUCUGGUGAAUUAUGUGUGAGAACACCUAAUGACAAAGUUAGGUGCAGAAACAAAGCAAUUGCGAUUGUUGAAAAAGACAAAAUUGCAGUAGUAGACUCAGAAAACCUUGCAAUUAAACUUAUAGAUACAAAGCAGGAUGUGUCCAUUUACGAUAGAGAACUGUCAUCUAGACCAAAUGGUGUGACAGUGUUGUCAAAAGAUUUGCUUGCAGUAGCUCUACCUGAAGAAAGUACAAUCCUAUUUUUGUGUAUCUCUAACAGAUUAUCUGAAGCUUAUCAUCUGAAAGUUGACGGCAGAUGUACUGACCUUGCAUACUGUUCUGGUAAGCUAAUUGUAACUUAUCAAAAUCCCGGCAAAGUUGAAAUUAUGGACGAGAAAGGACAAAUUUUCAGAAGGAUACAACAGAAUAUUCAUGGUGCCAGUUUGUACGAUGACUCUAGGGUUACGAUAGGUGUGGACAAUAAAAGUUUUUAUAUUUCUGAUAGGUUCUUCAAGAACGUCAAAUGUUUUAACUGGAAUGGUGAACUCAUUGGAGAGUACAACAAUCAACAGCUCAUAAGACCAUGCGGAUUAGCUGCACUUGAGGAUGGUUCCCUCUUGGUCUGCAACAGCAGUAACGAUAGUAUCCACUUGAUCUCGCCAAAUUUGCAACAGGACAGAAUUAUGCUAAAAAGGGAGGAUGGACUGAAACAUCCAUGGUCAAUAGCCGUUGACAGAGAACAGAAUAAACUUUAUGUUGGAAGUGUUGACACCAGUGACCAUAUAAGCAUAUACGAUUUAAAUGUAUAGUUUGAAAUUCAAUUAUUUUCACUUGACACGCAAGGUCACAUUCAUUUCAAUGUUAUUUUGUCACAAUUUCAAGCAAUCCUAUAAUUUAAAACAGUAACUUUGUAAGCUUUUAGUCUAUUAUUAUAAUUCAAAUUUAUUUAACUUCUAAUGUUAAGUCAGACUAAUAUUAGUUGUUGUAUCAAAAAUUGAAUAAUAUAAAGCAUUUCCCUCAUCUAUGGGCAAUCAAAGUGCAUUACAUUCCAAAAUAGGUAAAAAAUGCCGAA